AUGUCGACACUCCUCCGCCGCCCAGGCAACCUAGCGCGCCUAUCCCGACCCUGCCUCAACGUUGCCACGAGGGCACCACGCACAUUACGCACACGAGCACCGAUACCACAAUGCAUAUAUACCCAGCAACGAGUGCGGAGGUUUGCGACCGGGCCCCCGGAGGAGCCCAAGGAGAAGAAGGAUGACGAGCCAGCGAAGAAGGACGGCACGCCUCACAAGCCUGAGUUCAGAUUGUCUGGAAAGAAGGAGGGAGAGCCUCAAAUGGCCAAACUUACGCCAGAGGAGGAGAAGAUGCUGGAUCAACUAGUCUCGUUCGUGUCGAUGGGCGUCCCCAAGUCACAGAAGCAGAACAUCAAGGAGGCAAUGGACGAGAUUAAGCGCACUGGAAUACCACCAGAGCUGCGACAGGAGAUGGACAAGCUGGAGAGAGGCGAGAAGCUGGAUCUGGCCACCGCGGCCAAGAUCUCGCGGUUAACAACCAAUAUGGCACGCAAGGCGGCGGACCAACAUCAGCAGAAGUUCAAGGACGGCUCCGAGGAACCACAGCAAAAGUCGGGUGCACACGACCCAGGCCCAGGCAAGGGAUCCAAGGGUGGCGCUGGCGGAGCUGGUGGACCAGUGGGGCCCAUGUUCGGCGGCGGUAUGGACACCAACACGAUCCUCAUCAGCGCCUUCCUCGCAUACCUCACAUACAAGACCAUCUUCCCGAGCGAAAACUCCAAGGAGAUAACAUGGCAGGAGUUCCGAACGACCUUCCUGGACAAGGGUCUGGUGGAGAAGAUCGUCAUCUUGAACGGCAACAGAGCGAAGGUCUACCUGCACCGCGAGGCCGUAUCGUCCAUGUACCCCGACUCGCCUUCCGUAAACCAGAAUUUCUACUACUACUUCACAAUUGGUUCCGUCGAGGCCUUUGAGCGCAAGAUGGACGACGCGCAGUAUGAGCUAGGCAUCCCAAGCUCCGAACGCAUACCCGUGGCAUACUCGAGCGAGAUCUCCUGGUUCGGCACCUUCUUGUCCUUCGGUCCCACCAUCCUCGUCCUUGGUGCGCUCUUCUACUUUACAAGACGUGCGGGAGGCGGCGCUGGCGGAGGCGGUGGUGUGUUCGGCAUGGGUAAGAGUCGCGCCAAGAAGUUCAACCACGAGACGGACGUCAAGGUCAAGUUCUCAGAUGUCGCCGGUAUGGACGAGGCCAAGCUAGAGAUCAUGGAGUUCGUCUCUUUCCUCAAAGACCCCAGUCGAUUCCAGAAGCUCGGCGCCAAGAUCCCUCGUGGUGCUAUCUUAUCUGGAUCCCCGGGUACUGGUAAGACGCUUCUUGCCAAGGCGACCGCAGGAGAGUCCGGCGUUCCUUUCUUCAGUGUCAGUGGUUCUGAGUUCGUCGAGAUGUUCGUCGGUGUUGGUGCAUCGCGUGUCCGCGACUUGUUCGCCAAUGCGCGCAAGAGUACGCCUUGCAUCAUCUUCAUUGACGAAAUCGACGCUAUUGGUCGUGCCCGAUCGAAGCAGAACUUCGGCGGUGGCAACGACGAGCGCGAGGCUACUCUCAACCAGAUCCUGACAGAGAUGGACGGAUUCAACACCACUGAGCAAGUUGUUGUGUUGGCUGGUACUAACCGACCUGAUGUAUUGGACAAAGCGCUUAUGAGACCUGGUCGUUUCGACAGGCACAUCAGCAUCGACAAGCCUACCAUGGACGGACGAGGACAGAUCUUCGGUGUCCAUCUGGCGAAGAUUGUCACCAACGAAGACAUGGAAUUCUUGAAGGGUAGGCUAGCAGCUUUGACACCGGGCUUCUCUGGUGCCGACAUUGCCAACUGUGUCAACGAAGCUGCUUUGAUUGCUGCCCGUGCUAAUGCCGAGACUGUUGCCAUGGUACACUUCGAGCAAGCCAUCGAGCGUGUCAUCGGAGGUCUCGAGAAGAAGUCCCUCGUCCUGAAGCCCGAGGAGAAGAAGACCGUCGCCUACCACGAGGCCGGCCACGCUAUCUGCGGUUGGUACUUCAAGUGGGCCGACCCUCUCCUGAAGGUCUCCAUCAUUCCCCGUGGCCAAGGCGCUCUUGGAUACGCCCAGUACCUCCCCAACGGCGACACAUACCUCAUGAACGUCAACCAGCUGAUGGACCGCAUGGCCAUGACACUAGGUGGCCGUGUGUCUGAAGAGCUCCACUUCGACACCGUCACCUCCGGCGCAUCCGACGACUUCCGCAAGGUGACCGCCAUGGCCACCGCCAUGGUCAGCAAAUGGGGCAUGAGCAAGAAGAUCGGAUACAUCUACUUCGAAGACGGCGAGGGCCAACAACUCACCAAGCCCUUCUCCGAAGACACCGCCAAGAACAUCGACAUGGAGGUCAAGCGCAUCGUCGACGAAGCCUACAAGCAAUGCAAGGACCUCCUCACCGAGAAGAAGCACGAAGUCGGCCUCGUAGCAGAGGAGCUCCUCAAGAAGGAGAUGCUCGGCCGCGAAGACAUGAUCAGGCUACUUGGACCCCGUCCCUUCGAGGACAGCCAAGAUUUCCACAAGUACUUCUCUGGUGAGUAUGGCAAGGCGCCUGGAUACAUCGAGCCGCAAGGCAACGAUGGUGUCAAGGGCCCAUUGGUUCCUCCCAGCCCAGCGACUUUCAAGGACCUGGAUGCCAGGAGGUGA